AUGCUGAAUCCAGUGGAUACUAAGCAAGCUUGGCUGGGGAUUGAAGUUGACGUCCAGGAAGACAAGGUGCUGACCAAACAGCAAUUGAUCAAGAAGGGCCAGGGUGAGAAGGAUGACAUCUUUGUGCUUGGGUAUGCAAGUUCGUGGUCAUCAUCAGACAAAUCAGACAAGCCAGCUGCCAAGAAAGCCAGGACUACAGAACCAGACAAAGAUGCUUCAGGCUCUGCUGCUGGGAAUUCCGAUCCAUCAAAUUUGUCUUCUUCGUUUGCGCAGGUCGCAUGGAAUUUCAUGGAGGGGCUCGGGUUGUUCUUCUAUGGCACCGUUGCUAUCGAAGGAUCUGGCAACUCAGUUCCUUUGGUGGCAGAAAGACAUGAGGGCCAAGGGCCCUUUCUCCCGUGGCAGGUGUUUGGGAAAGGUUGGGACACGUUGAUGGCAUCCGAAAUGCCAUGCCUGGCGUUCGUUGUCCCUGCAGUGAAAAAGGGAAAAAGUGGAAAGGGAGACAAAAUGAAAACGCAUCAGUUUCUCAAGGAGCAAGGGUCAUCUGAACCUUCAGGAAAGUCCAAGUCUGCUGAGGGAAAGGAUAUUGCUGAGCAAGCAGUCAUGGGCAAGGCAGCUGUCAAAAGGAAGGCAAAGAGAAAAGCUACCACAAAAGAGUCCAAGAACGAGCAAAAGUUGUCCGAUGCAAUCACUUUCGUCGAGGCACCGCUGUUGGUCUUUGAUGCUUCUUCCACCUUGAAGAUUUUCCUAUCAGACGGCCGUGAACCUUUGCAAAUCCAAUGCCCCAGACUCCUGAUGAACACGGAAGCGUUGAUGUUGGCAAAGGCACACCACAUUUUCAACAACAACCUCUCGCCAGUGGACGACAAGGAUGCCAUUCAGUCCAUCAAUGACAAUGGAUUCUACAUCCCCGUCAGGAAAUAUGAUGACAAGUGGUAUGUGUCCUUGAACCGCGGAUUCACGCCGGCAGAACAAGUAAAACAAGCAGAGAAGUCCACUGAAGCAGAGGACAUUGCCUUGACGGACAAGCAUAACGAAGCACUUCGUCAAUGGGGGGACUUGUCCGUAUGGCAGGGGUGCGUGGAUGUGGUGACCAAGCACUUGGGGGCGGAAUCUUCUUCGGCCCGGGCACAGCGUGGAAGCAAGGUGUCCAAAGAUCUCAAACAUCUGACUAGCUGA